UUUUUGUUCACAUUUUAUCAAAACGUUAGUAUUUCCAUGAUCAAUUUGAAUACGGAUAGAAGCUUUUCACUUGAAUCUCGUGAGUUAAAAAAAAGAAGAAGAAAACAAAAAACUAGAGGAAGAGGAAGCAAUUCAUUUGUUUACACGGCACAUGUUGAUUGAUGGAUAAGGUAAACUUUAUGAUAAGGAAGUGAAAUAAAGCAAAAGAAAAAACGUUUUAGAAUUAAUUUGGAAAAAAGAAAAGCAAAAGUAGAGAUUGUGAUCAUAAACCUUAAUGAUUGUGUUUAAGCAGCAUCUUUGCAGUGCAACCACAUGCAGAGGGCUCUAGAUUAGUUAAAUCAGUCCCAACCAAUUUGGUGAUCUAUAGUCUCUCCUCUAUCUAAUCUAGCAAUCCAAUUCCACUUUCUAUGUCUCCUCAGUGAGAAAUUAGAUGAAAAUCAAUUAUCUGUCUUUGGUGUGUCCAACAACCUCCAUUUUCCUUCAGCUUCAAGAAUCAUCAUCAUUACCACUUUGUCUCUGUAGCCCCCAUAUUCAAUUCAAUUACCAGUAGGACAGUGACAUAAAGUCAGAGGAUGGACCCAAGCAGCAGAAGAAGGAGAAUUGGCGUUGGAGGAGCCGUUGUUGCUGCUGCAGGUUCUGUUUGGGAAACGAGAAUGCAGAGCGACGACGAAGUUAGUAAUAACGCCAUUGUCAAGGCCAUUCAUCUUCAUGCCGCCGACGAAGACAACGAUUCUAACAAGAACAUGAGCGUAAAGGAGGCUUCUUCCUUGGGGGUUAACGGAAAGCGACGGACUUGGAAGUCCGAUGUGAAGAGCACAUCACUUGAGAUCAGUCGAGCUGAUUCUCUGAAGCUCACGAGGCCGAGAUCGUUUGGUACUACGCCUCCGGUGACGCCGAGGAGAUCCGUUGGUAGUUUCGGUACUACUCCUCCGGUGACGCCGAGGAGAUCGAUCUCUAUUGACUCCAAUGAUAAGAGUUUGACCGUGUCGGUGGCGGCGAAGAAGGUGAGAUCUGAUCCCGUGGAGGGAAACGACAAGACUCCGGGUCGGGUUAAGAAAAACCGAUCGGAACUGUGCACGGCGAUCGUCAAAUCCGGUGAAUUUGAUUCAGUUGCGUUGAGAAAAGCGAAUUCAUUGCCGCCUCGUAAUUCCGAUAAAUCUGAUCAGAAAACAGAGCAUGUAGAUGUACCGUCUGUGUCGGAACUUCCAGGCGAUGACAAAGAGGAAGCCGUAACCGAAAAGCUGCAGAUCCCAGAAGAGGUGAAGGAGUUUGGUGUCUGUAAGGAGAUAGUCGUCUCCGGUAAUUCGAAAGAAGAUGAGCAGAUCGACAGUGGCGAUCACGAGGAGGAUGAAGAUGAAGAAGAAGAGGAGGAGGAGAAGGAAGUGGAGAAAAAGAGUGUUGAUGUGAAAGAGAUGAAUGUAGCGACGGAGAAUAGCAAUAACAGAGUUGGUGAUGUUGGGAUCAAAAAGUAUAGUCAAUUUCACAACAGAACAGCUCCAUCUCCGUCUUCCGUCCGUAAAAUUCCGCCUCCGGUGAUCAAAAAGGCAACUUCCGUUUACUCGGUCCCACCAAGCACAGAUAAAUUUGCAGAGGAAGCAGAGAACUUUACUCAUCAACAGAGCAAAUUGCAGAGUCUGGUGGAUCUGGUAAUGUGGAGAGAGGCAUCAAGGUCGGCGUUUGUGUUCGGCUUCGGAACAUUCGUCAUCAUCUCUUCUUCUUACGCCAAUGAUCUCAACUUCAGCUUCAUAUCAGUGGUAGCGUAUAUGGGACUCAUCUAUCUUGGCGUCAUGUUCGUAUUCAAAUCUGUGAUCCACAGGGGAAUAAUUGAGGAGGAGGAGAGGCAUAAAGUGGUUGGAGUGAGAGAGGAAGAUGUAAAGAGGAUGCUCAGACUCAUAAUGCCUUACCUUAACGAGUCUCUACUUCAACUCAGAGCCCUUUUCUCCGGCGAUCCCUCCACUACCCUCAAGAUGGGAAUGGUGCUGUUCGUCUUGGCCAGGUGUGGCUCUUCCAUCACUCUUUGGAACCUCGCCAAGUUUGGCUUUUUCGGAGCAUUCACAGUGCCUAAAAUCUUCAUUUCCUACUCAACACACUUCUCCGCUUACGGGAGGUUCUGGUUAAGGAGAUUCAGAGACGCAUGGGAAUCGUGCAGCCACAAAAAAGCGGUGGCUUUGGCGCUCUUCACACUCGUCUGGAACCUCUCCUCCGUCGUUGCCCGUAUGAGUGUGGCGAGUGAUUCUCCAGUGCAUUCCUCAAGUAGUGACGAUCUUGCCGCCUUCCUUGAAACUGAGUUGGAGUCUGACUCAGAUUCUUCGGCUGAGUCCUUCCCCACCGAAGAAGCCGACGAUGAUGCUGAAGUUGCCAAUCAUAGGUUAAAGAGACAAAAGUUGGAUCAUUUAGAAUCCGUAGAUGAAGAGGAGAUUCAGGUUGCGACAUUUUCAGAAGAAAUCUCAGAAGCAUCCUCAAGCAAGGAACCAUGCGAACACCCAGGUUCCUUUGGAAACAUCUGCAUUGUUUGUGGCCAAAUGGUGGAAGAAACCACCGGUGUUUCAUUAAGAUACAUAAACAAGGGUAUAAGGCUCCACGAAGAUGAAAUCUCACGGCUGCGUGAUUCAGAUAUGAAGUUCUUGCAACGCCAGCGGAAGUUGUGUUUAGUACUCGAUUUAGACCACACUUUGCUCAAUUCAACCGUACUCAAGGACCUGAAACCAGAGGAGGAAUACUUGAAAAGCUAUACAAAUUCUCUUCAAGAUGUUUCUGGUGGCAAUCUCUUCAUGCUGGAAUUUAUGCAUAUGAUGACCAAAUUGAGGCCGUUUGUUCAUUCAUUUCUAAAAGAAGCCAGCGAGAUGUUUGUAAUGUAUAUAUACACAAUGGGAGAUAGGCCAUAUGCACAACAGAUGGCCAAGCUGCUGGACCCGAAAGGAGAGUACUUUGGCGAUCGGAUCAUUUCUCGAGACGAUGGCACGGUGAGACAUCAAAAGAGUUUAGAUGUGGUGCUGGGAGAAGAAAGAUCUGUUCUGAUUCUUGACGAUACAGAGAAUGCAUGGCCAAGUCACAAGGACAAUCUGAUCGUGAUAGAGAGGUAUCACUUUUUUGCUUCAAGCUGCAGACAGUUUGAUCACAGGUUCCAGUCUCUCUCGCAGCUGAAGAGUGAUGAGAGUGAACCCGAUGGUGCACUUGCCACUGUUCUUAAAGUCCUUAAACAAACACAUACUCUAUUCUUUGAGGAUGGUGGAGAAGACACAUCUAGCAGAGACGUGAGGUCCUUAUUGAAGCAGGUGCGUAAAGAUAUCCUUAAAGGAUGUAAAGUAGUGUUCAGUCGGGUGUUCCCGACCAAGUCUCAGCCUGAGAAUCACCCGCUGUGGAGGAUAGCUGAGGGAUUGGGAGCCACGUGUGCGACGGAAGUGGAUGCGUCCGUAACACACGUCGUGGCUAUGGACGUGGGGACAGAGAAAGUGCGAUGGGCUAUAAGAGAGAAGAAGUUUGUGGUGCAUAGAGGGUGGAUAGAGGCUGCUAACUACCUGUGGAAGAAGCAGCCAGAAGAGAACUUUGGGUUGGAGCAGCUCAAGAAGCAAGUCACGGAUGAAGGAGAAUGAUGGAUGUUGUAACACUUUAGACUUGAGGAAGAACAGAUAGCUUAUGUAAUUGAAUUUUGAUUAUGAAUGUAUUCUCAAAGCAAAGCAAAAGACUUAAACUAAUGUUUGAGUGUCAUGUCUGGUUCUUUGAAUAUACGAAUUUUGUUAAAGUUGUUCAACGCUUCUUCUUGUUUCAACUAUGUGUGUAUAAUUAACCGACUGAUUUGUUGGGCCGAAACGGGCCGUCUAUUUAUGAACAGAGGAAAGAUUUAUUGUUUCUUUUUGGUAAGGUGUCGACCGGCUCUUGCUUCUCUCUCUCCCUCUCUCGCCGUCAUCGGUAGACAUGGUGCUCGAUGCUUAUGCUCCGUCGAACCCUAAUCAGAUUCACGAGGAUGUUCUUCUGAAAUCUAGAGAUGCUUGCUACAAGGCCAGAGAUGCUUUUUACUCUUGUCUGGAAAAGGAAUCUGGAAAGAAACCCACUGAAAUCGCGUCCGUAGGUCUUCUCUACCCUAAGGAGUGCAGCAAUUCUCGAACCGAGUUCGUCAAAAGCUGCCGCUCCUCAUGGGUGAAACAUUUCGAUAGGGAGUAUUGCCGGAACAAGAGAGUCCAAAGGCUGUUGGAUGAUGGAGACGAGAGGAAAGGUCCAAUGUCACUCCCUCAGCCUUACACUUUCAAGCCUUCCCCUCCCGCGUAAAUUCUUUCCUUUUAUGGUCUGUAGGACUUUGUGUUGAGGAAGAUAACAAUGGCCAUUGUUUUAUAGGAGUUAUUUGACUUGUUUUAUAGCUUUCCUAAAAGUCUUGUCUUUAUUUUGAGCUGUAAGUCUACAACAUUGGAAUAAAGGAUGCAUUUUUCAAGAACUUGAUUCUUUGCCAUUAUGUUUAUUGCCCACAACGUUUGUUGAUUAAUCUGCAAGCAUUUAGUAUACAAAAUGCUGUGUAGAAUGAUUAUUUGGUUAAUCAGUUACAGAAGCAGUGAGUCAUAGACAUGGUUUGUUCCUCAGUGUUCUUGAAAAGGAAAUUAAGGAGUGUAUGUAUAUCUUCGUCUGCCUGUAAUGGAUAA